AGGAGGGCUUUCGAGCUGCCGCUCUGCUGCUGAACAGCAUGCAGUCUUUUCGGGAGCAAAGUAGUUACCACGGAAACCAGCAGAGCUACCCGCAGGAAGUGCACGGUUCAUCCCGACUGGAAGAGUUCAGCCCCCGCCAGCAGGCCCAGAUGUUCCAGAGCUUUGGAGGAGGCGCUGGCAGUGGACGUCGUGGAGCAACAGGAGCCUCUACAGCGAUGCCUGGUGAGAGCUCUGGCCAUCAGAGCUACCAAGGUUUCAGAAAAGAAGCAGGAGAGUUUUACUAUAUGGCUGCCAACAAAGAUCCCGUGGCGUCAGGAGGGCAGCAGCCACCUCAGCGCAGGCCUUCUGGACCCGUACAGAGCUAUGGGCCCCCUCAAGGGAGUAGCUUUGGGAGUCAGUAUGGGAGUGAGGGACAUGUGGGCCAGUUUCAAACACAGCACUCGACCCUUGGGGGUGUGUCCCACUAUCAACAGGAUUAUACUGGUCCUUUUUCUCCAGGGAGUGCCCAGUAUCAGCAGCAGGCUUCUAGCCAGCAGCAGCAGGUGCAGCAGCUGAGACAGCAGAUUUAUCAGUCUCAUCAGCCUUUACCCCAGGCUUCCAGCCAGUCUGCUUCUAGCACCUCGCACUUGCAGCCCAUGCAGCGUCCAUCCACCCUGCCUUCCUCUGCUUCUGGGUACCAGUUACGAGUGGGUCAGUUCAGCCAACACUAUCAGCCACCUUCGUCCUCUUCUUCCUCCUCUUUCCCCUCCCCACAGCGUUUUGGCCAGUCAGGACAGAAUUAUGAUGGAAGCUACAGUGUGAAUUCUGGGUCGCAGUAUGAAGGCCAUGCUGUGGGUUCCAAUGCGCAGGCAUAUGGGACCCAGUCAAACUACAGUUUUCAGUCUCAACCAAUGAAAAGCUUUGAGCAGUCUAAGCUGCCCCAAAGCGGGCAGCAGGGGCAGCAGCAACAGCACCCACCUCAGCACGUAAUGCAGUAUUCAAAUGCUGCCACCAAGCUCUCUCUUCAAAGUCAAGUGGGGCAGUACAGCCAGACUGAAGUUCCUGUAAGGUCACCGAUGCAGUUCCACCAAAACUUCAGUCCAAUUUCUAAUCCAUCUCCUGCUGCAUCUGUGGUUCAGUCUCCAAGCUGCAGCUCUACCCCUUCUCCACUCAUGCCAGGUGGAGAAAAUCUCCAGUGUGGGCAAGGCAACAUGUCCAUGGGUUCUAGAAACCGAAUCCUGCAGAUGAUGCCUCAGCUUAGUCCUACACCAUCUAUGAUGCCAAGCCCCAACGCUCAUGCAGGGGGAUUCAAGGGAUUUGGGCUGGAAGGACUGCAGGAAAAAAGGCUCACAGAUCCAGGGCUGAGUAGCCUGAGUGCUCUAAGUUCUCAGGUAGCCAAUCUGCCCAAUACAGUCCAGCACAUGUUGCUCUCAGAUGCCUUGGCACCUCAGAAAAAAAGUUCCAAAAGGUCAUCCUCUUCAAAGAAGGCCGACAGCUGCACCAACUCAGAAGGCUCCUCCCAGGCAGAGGAGCAACUCAAGUCUCCCCUGGCAGAAUCCCUUGAUGGUGGCUGUUCCAGUAGUUCAGAGGAUCAUGGGGAAAGGGUGAGACAGCUGAGUGGCCAGAGCACCAGCUCAGACACCACUUACAAAGGGGGUAACUUAGAGAGGUCCAACUCCUCACCAGCACAAGGCUCUCAGAAUGAGCCAUCAAAACUCAGCAGCAGCCCUGCAGCUAGGGAGGAUGUGGCCUCCCCUGAUGAAAAGGAAGCUGUGGUGGCUGUGGAAAAUGCCCCAAAAGUGAAUGAAAAGGCAGUUGGGGUAAUUGUCUCCCGGGAAGCCAUGACAGGAAGAGUAGAAAAGUCAGGUGGGCAAGAUAAACCUGCACAAGAUGAUGCUUCCACAGCCACUCAGGCACCAGCUAGUGCUAGUGGAGCGAAAGAAACUGGGCAUGUAGGGACACAGCCAGAAACUCAAGGAGGAAGUAAAGGGAGCAAAAGUGGAGAUAACACUAACCAUAAUGGAGAGGGGAACAGCCAGCCUGGUCAUGCAGUUGUUGGGCCAAAUUUUCCUGCAAGAACAGAACCUUCCAAAUCUCCUGGCAGUUUAAGAUACAGUUACAAGGAUAACAUAGCAGCUGGUAUACAGAGAAAUAUUGGUGGCUUUCCACAGUAUCCUUCUGGUCAAGAAAAAGGGGAUUUUCCAGGGCACAGUGAGCGCAAAGGCCGGAAUGAGAAGUUUCCUAGCCUUCUACAGGAGGUCUUACAGGGGUACCACCAUCAUCCAGACAGAAGGUAUUCGAGGAAUGCGCAGGAGCAUUCUGGGAUGGCUGGGAGUUUGGAGGGAGCCAUGAGGCCCAAUAUCUUAAUUAGUCAAACCAAUGAAUUGACCAACAGAGGCCUCUUAAAUAAAAGCAUGGGGUCUCUCCUGGAGGGCCCUCACUGGGGUCCCUGGGAUAGGAAAUCCAGCAGUGCAGCUCCUGACAUGAAGCAGAUAAAUCUAGCUGAUUACCCUAUUGCUAGAAAGUUUGAUGUGGAGUCUCAGUCUUCUGCCCAUGAAGGGGGAGCGCUCUCAGAGAGGAGAUCAGUGAUCUGUGACAUAUCUCCAUUAAGGCAACUUGUCAGAGAUCCUGGCCCUCACCCAAUGGGGCACAUGGGUCCUGAGGCCAGAAGUGGAAGGAGUGAACGUCUUGCCCCUGGUUUGAGCCAGUCAGUAAUACUCCCUGGUGGUUUAGUAUCCAUGGAAACAAAGAUGAAAGCUCACAGUGGGCAAAUAAAAGAAGAAGAUUUUGAACAGUCAAAGAGCUCAGCUAGUCUCAAUAAUAAAAAAACAGGAGACCAUUGUCAUCCUGCUGGCAUCAAGCAUGAAUCUUUCCGAGGCAAUGCUAGCCCUGGAGCUGCAGUCUCCGAUGCUGCUCCAGACUACAUUCCCCAGCAGGACAGCAGAUCAACACAGAUGAGACGAGGACCUGGCAGAACUGGAAGCAGCAGGGGUAAAUCACCUUCUCAAUUUCAGGAUCUUGCUGAUAAGCUGAAAAUGUCACCAGGCAGAAGCAGAGGCCCAGGGACAGAUCUGCAUCACAUGAACCCACACAUGACACUAUCUGAAAGAGUUAACAGGGGUUCCUUGCAUUCAGCUUACCCUCAGAAUUCAGAAGGCCCAUCUUUGGCUUCAGCAUAUCACACAAAUGCUAGGCCUCAUGCUUUCGGUGACCCUAACCAGAGCUUAAAUUCCCAGUAUCAUUACAAGAGACAGAUAUACCAGCAACAGCAAGAAGAAUACAAAGAUUGGGCAAGUAGCACUGCUCAGGGUGUCAUUGCUGCAGCUCAGCACAGGCAGGAAGGAGCAAGGAAGAGCCCAAGACAACAGCAGUUUCUGGAAAGAGUAAGGAGUCCCUUAAAAAAUGACAAGGAUGGAAUGAUGUACCUUCAAGGCAGCUCUUACCAUGAUACUGGAAGCCAGGAAGCUGGACGCUGCGUUAUGGGGAGUGAUGGUACUCAGAGCAAAUGCACCGAACUGAAACAUAGCAACCAGAAGUUGCAGCAUCACGAAUCUGGUUGGGACCUCUCUCGGCAAACUUCUCCUGCCAAAAGCAGUGGCCCUCUUGGAGCAGCCAACCAAAAAAGAUUUUGCCCUCAAGAAAGCGAUGGGCAUCGAAGAGAUGAAUCUACAGAUUUGCCCAAGCCUAGUAAUGCCAUGCUCAGGCUCCCUGGCCAGGAAGACCAGUCUCCUCAAAAUCCACUAAUUAUGAGGAGGAGAGUCCGUUCUUUCAUCUCACCUAUCCCUACCAAAAGACAGCCACAGGAUAUGAAGAACAGCGGCAGUGAAGAUAAGGGGCGACUGAUGACUUCAGCAAAAGAAGGAGCUGAUAAAACAUACAACUCCUAUGCCCAUUCAUCUCAAAGCCAAGACGUUGGCAAGUCAGUUGGAAAGGGAGAUUCCUUCAAGGACCUGCCAAGUCCUGAUAAUAGGAAUUGCCCUGCUGUUUCCCUUACAAGCCCGGCUAAGACCAAAAUAUUGCCCCCAAGAAAGGGGCGAGGAUUAAAACUGGAAGCUAUUGUUCAAAAAAUUACAUCUCCCAAUAUUAGGAGAAGCGUUUCUGCAAACAGUGCUGAAACUGGUGCAGAUACUGUCACUCUCGAUGACAUCCUGUCCCUUAAGAGUGGACCUGAAGGAGGAAAUGUGGCUGGACAUGGACCAGAGGCUGAGAAGAGGAAAGGAGAGAUGUCAGAUCAAGUUGGGCCUGCAAGCCAGGAUGCAACUGGUGAAAUAACUCUUCCAAGAGCUUCAGAAGAGUGGCAAAGCAGUGAGGAUGAUAAAACCAAGAAAGAGGUCCCUGAAACUGCCAGUGUUGGUAAAGAAGGAGCAGGAUCCAGUGCAGCAGCACCACCUUCUCAGAAGUCAGGUGGUCAGGGAAGGUCUGAUGGAUCUGUAAGUGGAGCUGGUACUCUGACCUUUUCUGACUCAAAAACAAUUUCUCCUUCCAGUGUGUUUACUUCUGAACCAAAUCCAAAGUCUGAGGAAAAAGAUGGAGAUGUGACAAACAUUUCACCCAAGCCAGAUGGUUUCCCUCCAAAGGGAUAUUUUCCCUCUGGAAAGAAAAAGGGGAGGCCAAUUGGGAGUGUGAACAAGCAGAAAAAGCAGCAGCAGCAGCAGCAGCCACUGCCACCACCCCCCCCACCCCAGCCAGUACCUUCACAGUGUUCAGAAGGGGUAGGUGGUGGUGAGCCAAAGCCGAAGAGGCAAAGGAGAGAGAGGCGAAAACCUGCAGCACAGCCACGGAAGCGGAAGCCUAGACGGGCUGCUCCAAUUGUGGAGCCUCAAGAACCAGAGAUCAAGCUUAAAUAUGCUACCCAGUCUGUAGAUAAAACUGACUCCAAGAAUAAGUCCUUUUUCCCUUAUAUUCAUGUGGUAAACAAGUGUGAAUUAGGCGCUGUGUGCACAAUCAUUAAUGCGGAGGAAGAGGAGCAGAACAAAUUGGUGAGGGGCCGGAAAGGACAGCGGUCUUCAACACCCCCUCCUAGCAAUGCGGAGAGCAAAGUGCUGCCGACCUCAACUUUCAUGCUGCAGGGCCCUGUAGUAACAGAGUCUUCUGUCUUGGGGCAUCUGGUUUGCUGCCUGUGUGGCAAAUGGGCCAGCUAUCGUAAUAUGGGUGACCUCUUUGGUCCUUUCUACCCCCAGGAUUACGCAGCCACCUUGCCCAAGAACCCGCCUCCAAAGAGGGCCACAGAAAUGCAGAGCAAGGUCAAGGUACGGCACAAAAGUGCUUCUAAUGGUUCCAAGACAGAUACAGAAGAGGAGGAGGAACAGCAACAACAGAAGGAACAAAGAAGCCUAGCUGCUCAUCCCCGCUUUAAGAGGCGGCACCGCUCUGAGGACUGUAGUGGAGCCUCUCGGUCACUUUCAAGGGGAGCUUCGUGUAAAAAAGCAACCACUGACGGUGGCAGUGGUGGUGAAAAGACUCCUUUGGACUCAAAACCCUCUAUGCCCACUUCAGAAGGUGGCACUGAGCUGGAGUUACAAAUUCCUGAACUACCUCUUGACAGCAAUGAAUUUUGGGUCCAUGAGGGUUGUAUUCUCUGGGCCAAUGGGAUCUACCUGGUCUGUGGCAGGCUCUAUGGGCUGCAGGAAGCUGUGGAGAUCGCAAGAGAGAUGAAAUGUUCCCAUUGCCAGGAACCGGGAGCCACCUUAGGCUGCUACAACAAAGGCUGCUCCUUCCGAUACCAUUACCCAUGUGCCAUCGAUGCAGAUUGUUUACUAAACGAAGAGAAUUUCUCAGUGAGGUGCCCCAAGCACAAGCCCCUCCUUCCUUGCUCUCUUCCCUCCUUGCAGAACAAGAUGGUGAAAGGCAGCCUCAGCACAGAGCAGUCGGAGCGGGGGUGAGGGGGGAAGUGUACUCCUGGGAAUGGAAAUAAAAGCAAGCACAGGUUAGGCUGUUGAGAUAAAAAGCGGUGGACAUUCGUGACUGAAUGGAAUCUCUCCCACUGUGCAGCCAUGCCCCCUCUCGACGUGCCUGCCAAUGCCAGCACUUCCUUCAUGAAUUCUUACAUCACACUCAAGACUGAUGACAUCACAGAAUCUGACCAAGGAGUCUGAACCAGCUGUUUCCAUGGACACAAUCUCCAUAGUGACAGUGGGAAGGGGAGGGGGAAAAAGGAAACAGGUGGGGGGAAUUAAAGAGGGAGGGAUAAAUAUAUAUAUAUAUAAAGAUCUAUUUUUUAGUCUUGAAAGACUUUGUUUUAAAUGAAAGGUGCGCUAUAUCCCUUUUGAUGCUUUUGAUUAAAAUUAACAAAACCCCAUAUAAAUUAAAAAAGCAAACUGUAGCUAAAGUAAAUAUUCAAUCCAAAAUCAAAGCAAGGCUCGUGGAGCCUAACAUUUUGUGGGAAAGAACAGCGGAACUGGGAGUACUCCAAACAGGACUUGUCUCCCUUCCCCUUGCUUUCUUUCUCACAACGUCCAAGGAAAUUCGAUUUUAAAAGGCAAACAAAAUAAUGAUGACUUGUUUUUAGGGUGUGGGAGGAAGGCUCGGAUGGUUGCAGGCGAUGGGGUGUCAGUACUUGUGUGUGCGGGGUAGGGAGGUUAUCGUUUUUGAGAAACACUAUAUAUUAAUAGUGGAAGCUUGAAAAACGUCUGAAGACUCUUAGGUCCUGAGACUCAUGAAGUAAGAGGUAGCUGCUGCUUGCUAGAUCCCGUACACCUUGUUUGUGUGGGCACGUCUGUACCACGCGGGGGAAAGGAGUCUCUGACCUCUGUGGCAACAACAUGCACCCCCAAGUCAUUCCAAGAAGCUGCCUUCAGUUUUGAAGGCAGGUGAGAGGAAGAGAUGGUUUACCUGCCAGAUUGGGGAACUGGAAAGGAAGUCUGAAUGUUGGUGGAGUCAAUGUGUCUUCAAACUGAUCAGGAAAAUCCACUUAGUCCUUUUUUUUACUUUAUGUUUUGCUUUUCCUAAAGAAGGAAGAGGGAAUGUCAGUGUAACAGCCUACACUAUAUGGUUAUUCGGGGU